AUGGCAAACGAACAGAUCUCGCUGCCGUAUCUGGUGGUGAUACUUCUUCUCACAGCAUUCGUCAUUCGGUUUCUCUUCUUCUCGCCAUCGCCACCGCCGUCUGCGUCAGCGUCACGACAAAACGCGCAAUCAAUACUGCGAACUCGUGAGGCGGCGGUCGAAAGAAUACAGCAAAUGUUUCCGCAGGUGGACAGGCGAACCAUUCUUUGGGACUUACAGAGAAACGGAGGCAACAUUCAGGCUACGUCUGAGAGGAUUCUGGCUGGCCGGAUGGAGACGCCCCCUAUUACCUUCCAACCCCCUCCCCCGCCAGGUACCAAUCCAGCAACAGCCAGCGCCGCAACGGCGGCAGCGUCAAAGGCUGCUGAGAAGCCUUCGCAACCGGAUUUGAUUACGAGGUACAAGCUCCAAGACAAGAUUGCGAAACAGCAGGCGGCGGCCGCGGCGGCUGAGGCGGAGAAGGAAAAGAGCAGUAAGGGCUGGAGUUCAAAUCGGGACGAAAGGCAGGCGCUGCUGCAGAAACGGAGGGAUGAAAUGAUUCUCGCGGCACGGCGCAAGAUGGAGGCCAAGAUUGCGGCGGAGAAGGCAACGAGCUGA